AUGGUCGCCCAAUUUUGUGAGGUUGCUGUCGGGCUGUUGUCCCUCUAUCUUGUCGCCGGUGCAAUAUACCGCCUGUAUCUUAGUCCGCUGGCCAAAUUCCCCGGCCCAAAGCUUGCCGCACUCACGCUUUGGUACGAGUUCUAUUUCGAUGUCAUACUUCGUGGACAAUUUACUUUCCACAUUCAGGAGUUGCACAAAAGAUACGGCCCGAUCGUCCGUAUCAAUCCGUACGAGCUCCACGUCAGCGAUCCGGAUUUCUACGAUGAGCUCUAUCGUGGCGCUGGCAAAAGAAUCGAAAAAUGGCCGUGGUCAGCAGCCAUGUUUGGCAAUGACACGAGCAUGAUCGCCACCGUGUCGCAUGAGCACCACCGCGCUCGGCGGGCACCGCUGAAUUCAUUCUUCUCUAAGCAGUCGGUGUAUAGCUUGGAGCCCAUGAUCCGCAACGCUGUCUCACUGUUGUGCGGUCGCUUUGAGGAGUUUCAAAAAUCCAAGGAGCCUGUCAUCCUUGACAAUGCAUUCUCGGCGUUGACGACCGAUAUAAUCACUGAAUAUAGCUUCGCAAAGAGUGCGGGUCAACUUCUGAAGCCGAACUUUUCACCAGAGUAUGCACACUCAUUGUUGACCACAUCUGAAUUCACCCUCCUGAAUAAACAGUUCCCUUUCGUUCUGCGUCUGCUGCGGAGAUUUCCCGAUUGGCUGGCUGUGAGAUUGGAACCGAACACUGCUGCGCUGAUUGAAUUCCAACGGGGCAUUGAAGAGCAGAUCGUUCCCAUUUUGGAAGGACGCAGCAUCGAAAGCAAAACGAGCACGAAACAACCAACUAUCUUUCAUGAAUUUCUCCGGAGCGAUCUUCCCGACUCCGAGAAGCAGUUGCAUCGCCUUAUUGAUGAGGGGCAGACUGUCGUCGCCGCUGGCGCAAUUACUACGGCUCAUUACCUUUCGGUGACAAGCUACCACAUUCUGGCAAACCCCCACGUUAUGCAAAGGCUUCGGGAAGAGCUCCAACCUCUAAUGACGAGUCAGUCUGAAACACCGUCUCUUCGUCAUCUAGAGCAGCUACCAUACCUAAAAGCAGUCAUCAACGAGGGUUUCCGCAUAUCCUAUGGUAUCACUGCACGCCUUGCGCGAGUCUCCCCCGAUGCACCGCUGAGGUACAAGGACUGGUUAAUCCCUGCUGGAAUACCAGUGGCCAUGACUUCCAUCUUGCUUCACGAUAACGAAGAUCUCUUUCCCGAACCGAAAGUAUUCCGUCCGGAGCGCUGGCUGCAGCCGGGCGCGCAGCGGCUGGAGAAGUAUCUGGUAAACUUCAGCAAGGGAAGCCGAGCGUGUCUGGGCCAGAACCUCGCGAGAGCUGAAAUCCCCUUGACGCUAGCAGCAGUUUUUGGUGGACGUUUUGACUUCGAGUUGUUUGAGACGGACCGAAGCGAUGUAGAUUUGAAGCACGACUUCUUCAACCCCUGUUCGAAACUGGACUCCAAGGGUGUGAGAGUCACUGUCAAUUAA